AUGAGCAAGAUGGCGAUCAGGGUUCCCAAGAGCAUGCGCGCCAAGCGCGAGCUCCUCAAGCAUGCGCCCAAGCUCGUUGAGAAUGGCAAGAAGAUGCUUAUUCUUCAUGGUACAAAGACCAGCGCAGUUUUGAACUCUGUGCUGGCAGAUCUUUUCCACCUGAAGCGUGAUCAUGCUGUCAAGUACACCAAGAAGAACGACAGCAUCAGGCCAUUUGAGAGCGGGGGUGAAACUUCCCUGGAGUUCUUCUCCCUUAAAUCUGACUGCAGCCUCUUAGUGUAUGGUUCUCAUUCAAAGAAGAGGCCCAACAAUCUUGUUUUCGGAAGGACUUACGAUCACCACAUAUAUGACCUUGUUGAAGUAGGAGUUGAGAACUACAAAUCCAUAGAAUCCUAUGCAUAUGAUAAAAAGUUGGCACCUAAACUUGGAACAAAGCCUUUCUUUGCCUUCAUUGGGGAGCACUUUGAGAGUGUUGAAGGACUGAAGCAUUUGAAGGAAAUGCUGCUUGAUCAUUUCAAAGGAGAGGUGGUAGAGAAUCUGAACCUUGCUGGUGUAGAUCGGAUAUUCGUGUGCACAGCAAUUUCUCCUACUACUGUCUACAUGAUGCACUGCGCUCUCCGUCUAAAAAGGUCAGGCACCUCUAUUCCUAGAAUGGAGCUGGUUGAAGUUGGGCCUUCAAUGGACCUGGUACUUAGGCGGCACCGACAAGCAGCUGAAAGUUUACAGAAAGAAGCUAUGAAGGCUCCUGGUCAUGCUAAGAAGGUGAAAAAUGUCACAAAUAAUCCAGUUGAAGGCAAGCAGGGCAGGAUCUACAUUCCAGACCAGGAGGUUUCAAAAUUGACCGUAACAAGCAACAUAAAGGGUCUGAAGCGUGAGCGUCGUGAUGCCAAGAAAAACAAGGAGCACUCGAAGAAGCAAAAGGUGGCUGAAAACUAG